CCAUGUAUAUCUAGCUGAUAAGGCAUAAUCUCGUGAAGUAUUGAUAGCAAUGUCUUUCAUGAGUCUAUCAUGUUAUGUACAGUCAACUGUGUAAGUGGUGUAAUGUAAUUGUUGUUUGUGAAUCUCAAAGAAGCGAAAAUGGCUGGGCGGGUCCAGUUAUCGGACCUGGUCUGGCUGAAGCCGGAAGGGAAGUCAGAUUUUGACAUUCCAGUGGCUGUGAAGAUCCUGAAUAGUUCUGGAGAUUUGAUCCAAGUUAGAGAUGAUGAUGGCAAGGUAUACUCCUGUCCCGUCUCGAGGGUGCUCAAGCCACUGCACUCUACAUCAGUGUCGAGUGUCGAAGACAUGAUCACGCUGGGGGAACUUCAGGAGUACACCAUACUGAGGAAUCUUCAUAUCAGAUACAACCAGCAACUGAUCUAUACAUACACCGGGACAAUGUUAAUAGCAAUUAAUCCGUACGAGAUACUGCCGAUAUACACGAUGGAUCAGAUUAACUUCUAUCAACAAAGGAAAAUGGGGGAAAUCCCCCCUCACAUCUUUGCCAUUGGGGACAACUCGUAUCAAGAACUAAUGGACACAUGGUCAAACCAAUGUGUAGUUAUCAGUGGCGAAAGUGGAGCCGGUAAAACGGAGAGCACCAAACUGCUGCUACAAUACCUGGCGGCGGCCAGCGGGAAGCACUCCUGGAUCGAGCAGCAGAUCCAGGAAACCAACCCCAUACUAGAGGCCUUCGGAAACGCGAAGACUGUCCGAAACGACAACUCGUCAAGGUUCGGCAAGUACAUCAACAUUUUCUUCAGCAGAAAAGGCAUAAUCGAAGGCGCAAACAUAGAGCAAUACCUUCUGGAAAAGUCUAGAAUAGUUUCCCAGAAUAAUGGUGAGAGGAACUAUCAUAUUUUCUACUCGCUGGUCACCGGUCUCGCUGCUGACGAGAAGAAGAAACUAGAACUGGGUCACCCUUCCGACUACUUCUAUCUGAACUGCGGCAAAAUGCUCACCUGUGACGGAAGAAAUGAUGGCGUAGAAUUUUCCGACGUGAGAUCCGCGUUUAAAGUGCUGAAUUUCCCGGACAGUGAGGUUUGUGGGAUAUUCAGCCUUCUCGCAGCCAUUCUGCACAUAGGAAACUUGAGAUUCAAGUCGAUCAAUCUGAACAACAUGGAUACCUCGGAAGUAGCAGAUAUGGUUAAUGCGAACAGAAUAGCAACCCUGUUAGGUGUUAACAAGGCAAUGCUGUGUGAGGCUUUGACCAGAAAGACGCUGAUGGCACAUGGAGACAAAGUUGUUCAGUCAUUGACCGCCACCGCCGCGACAGAUGGAAGAGAUGCGUUGGUCAAAGCCAUUUACGGACACAUAUUCGAAUACAUAGUGGAGAUGAUCGACAAAACCCUGCACAAAGACCAAAACGUGUCGAGUGGGGCCGUCGGGAUUCUGGACAUCUUCGGCUUUGAGAAUUUUGACUCCAACAGCUUUGAGCAGCUUUGCAUCAACUAUGCAAACGAAAACUUACAACAGUUCUUCGUCAGACACAUAUUCAAGCUGGAGCAAGAGCAAUAUGAGAAGGAAGGCAUCACGUGGUCCAACAUCAACUACACAGACAAUCAGGAGAACCUGGACAUGAUUGGGCUGAAGCCGAUGAAUCUGCUGUCAUUGAUUGAUGAAGAGUCAAGGUUUCCGAAGGGAACUGAUUUGACUUUGCUCACCAAAUUGUCGAGCAAUCAUAGCACAAAAACGUGCUAUAUUACUCCGAAAUCUUCACAUGAACACCGGUUCGGAGUUCGACAUUUUGCUGGCGACGUUUUCUACGAAGUUAAAGGCUUCCUGGACAAGAAUCGAGACUUGUUGACGGCAGAUGUGAAGGAGAUGGUGGCUAGUUCCAGCAACCAGUUCCUGAAGUCUCUAUUCGAAUCUGAGCUGGCGGCGGCUCAGACCGCCAGUAGGAAAGUGGUGUCUCUGAGCCACAAGUUCAAAACGUCACUGGAUGCGUUGAUGAAGACGCUCUAUGCGUGCCACCCAUUCUUCGUCAGAUGUAUCAAGCCUAACGAGUUUAAGAAGCCAAGGAUUUUCGACCGCGGCUUAUGCACUAGACAACUAAGAUAUGCUGGUCUGAUGGAAACAGCAAAAAUCCGACAAGCCGGCUACCCAAUCCGCUUCACGUAUGCUGAGUUCGUGCAUCGGUACCGACUGAUCGUCCCGAACAUUCCGCCAGCCGAGAAAACUGACUGUAAACAAGCGUCCAAGAAAAUCUGCGAAACCAUCUUGACUGAUAAUGAGUUUAGGCUCGGCCACACUAAAGUGUUCCUCAAAGACUCUCAUGAUGCUAUACUGGAGGAGUUACGUCACGAAGUGGUGAGGCGGUCAGUGAUCCGGGUCCAGGCUAAUGCCAGGAGAUUCAUCCUCAGAAGAAGGUUCCUGAAAAUGCGGGCAGCGGCUAUCACCAUACAGAAGCAUUUCAGAGCUCGCGGCUAUAGAAAACGAUACCUAAUUAUGAGACGAGGGUACCUGAGAAUACAGGCCUGCAUCAGAUCGCGAGAGCUCAGGAAAACGUUUGUUAAUCUCAGAAGAUUCAUUGUGAGGUUCCAAGCGCAGUGCAGAGGCAAUCUGAUACGGCACAUGAUGAAAGAAAAGGGCAAGAUAAUAAGGGCUAAACUUGCAGAAUUUAAGAAGCAGAAGGACAAAGACAUGAAAAGUAAUACUCCUAAUGCAAAGAAAGAUGCCGAAGAUGAAUAUGAGAAGAAGUAUGUAGAACUGAUGAAGAGCAUUUGGUUUGUGAAAGAGGUGUCGGUGGAGAAUGAAGCUCAGAACACGGAGGCUAUCGACGACAGAUACGUGGACGACGUGUUCGGUUUUUUGAAGGAUACCGCGACUCCUGCCGGGACUGUUAGGGGAACAGGGUUCGGAGUGACGACAGGAGCCGCAAAAAAGCCUCAGAUUGCUAACGUAAUUCCACUACCAAAAGACGAACAAGAACAAGAGGAAUUCGAUGAGUACAACUUCAGAAAAUUCGCAGCUACCUACUUCGUAGGCAACAUCAAUCAUCAGUACUCACGAAAACCGUUGAAACAUCCAUUACUAGACUUGCCCUCGCCUAUGGAUAAAGUGGCUUCCCACGCUCUAUGGAUCACCAUACUGAGGUUCAUGGGAGACCUGUCUGAGCCAAGAUACGUGGAUGAAAAGAAGGAUAACACUCCUGUCAUGACCAAACUGUCUGACACUAUUGGCCGCGCCUUCCAAAAGAGUAAAGAAUUUGAGGAACUCUUAGCUAAAGAAGACGCGAAUUCCCUGGAGCCAAGAAGCAAAAUGAUCCAGAAAACGCUAAAACGACAAACGAAACUCAAUGAGAAGUUUAUGCAAAGCCUGAUGAAUGACGAAGUCACCAACGACAUGUACAACGGCUGGCUCAAUUCCAAACGAAGCACAAACUUGGAAAAACUGCACUUUAUCAUUGGCCAUGGAAUUAUAAGGAAAGAGCUCAGGGACGAGAUCCUCUGCCAGCUCUGCAAGCAGUUGACCAACAACCCUAACAGCGGGUCGCAUGCGCGCGGCUGGAUCUUACUCUCUCUGUGCGUCGGCUGUUUCCCGCCCUCGCCCCGCCUCGUCAAGUACCUGCGCUCUUUCAUCCGGUCCGGUCCGCCCGGGUAUGCUCCUUACUGCGAGGGAAGAUUGGUCCGAACCUUCAAGAACGGACCCAGAAUACAACCGCCCAGCUGGCUUGAACUACAGGCUACUAAGACCAAGAAGCCUAUUCUGUUGACGGUGACGCUUAUGGAUGAAACUACUAAGACUGUUCAGUCCGAUUCAGCGACGACAGCUGAAGAGGUAUGUCUUCAAAUUGCGGAUGAUAUAGGACUCACUGAUGUGUUUGGCUUCUCGUUGUACAUUACGCUGUAUGAUAAAGUGCUUUCAUUGGGCAGUGAGGGCGAGCACAUAAUGGACGCUAUAUCGCAGUGUGAACAAUACGCCAAAGAGCAAGGUACCCCAGAAAAAAGUGCGCCUUGGAGACUAUUCUUCAGGAAAGAAGUGUUCACUCCGUGGCAUAACCCUGCAGAUGACCCCGUCGCCACCAACCUCAUCUACCAUCAAGUAGCUAAGGGUGUAAAGUUUGGAGAGUACAGAUGCGAUGCCGAGAGAGAUCUGGCGAUGAUAGCGGCCCAGCAGCAUUACAUUGAAUACGGGCCAGUCAUUGACCCCAAUGUCCUGAGAAAGGUUGUGGUGAACUACAUACCGAAUCAAUUCAUCAAAUCUAACGAUGCAGCUCUGACGAAAUGGGAGCAUUUAGUGACGAAGGCUUUCGAAUCUUCACCGAGCAUAAAGAACAGAGUCGAUCCUCUGAGAUGCAAAGAGGACAUAGUGAUAUUUGCGAAACUAAAAUGGCCCAUGUUAUUCUCCAGAUUCUUUGAAGCCAUAAAACUGAAAGGAGACACUAUAAACAAAGAUCUAGUCAUCGUGGCCGUUAACUGGACCGGAAUCUAUUUGGUGGACCAAACAGAGAGCAUUCUGUUAGAGAUUGCGUUUGCCGAAAUAACUUAUGUCGCUUUCAAUGCCGACGAAAAUUACGACAAUCUGGGGACAAUAACUAUCAGGACUAUACAGCAGGAGGAAUUCAUCUUCCAAAGCGUGGAUUCCAGUGAGCUUAGUUCUCUUGUCAUUUACCUGAUCGAUGGUCUGAAGAGACGCUCGGUGUACGUCAUCGCUCAGACAGACUCACAGGGCUACAGCGAUGCGUCUUCCUUCUUGCAGUACAAGAAAGGAGAUCUCAUAACUCUGCUACACGACUGUACAGGAGAAACUCUAAUGACUUCAACCUGGGGACACGGCGAGUGCAACAACCAGGAAGGUCUGUUCCCAACUGAACAAGUCUACAUCAUACCGUCCAUGACUAUGCCUUCAGCGUCAGUAUUGGAUGUGUACAAGAAGGGAGCAAGCCUUAACGCUGACAAAGCCAAGUCAAAAUACAACACGAUACAACGUAAGCGCAUGUACACGCUCGAAAAGUACGCCAAAGAGCAUUUCAGAGAGAACAUUGACAGCAACGCUUCCAUAUCGAGACAAUCGACUCUUACAUCGGCGAAGAAGGUGGUGAGUGCCGACUUGUGGGUGCACUCGCGGGAACCCAUCCGCAAGCCACUACUGAGGAAGUUGUUGGACAACGAGGCGCAUUGCAAGGGAGCUGUGGGCGCGUUCUACGGGAUACUAAAAUACAUGGGAGACAUGCCCGCACCGAAACCACGCAACGUCACAGAGUACACUGACGACAUAUUCCGCGCCGCCGUGGCCGACCCCGCCCUACGAGACGAGGUCUACUGUCAGAUCAUGAAGCAGCUCACCAACAACCGCAUACAACUCAGCGAGGAGCGAGGCUGGGAGCUCAUGUGGCUCGCCACCGGAGUAUUCGCCUGCGGACAAACACUACUCAAAGAGCUGGUGGAAUUCCUAAAAACCAGACCCCAUCCGAUAGCCAAGGAGUGCUUGAGAAGAGUGUUUAAGACGCAAAAGUCUGGACCAAGGAUAUAUGCGCCGUAUAUGGUGGAGGUCGAAGCUAUUCAGCACAGGAGCAUGCAGAUAUAUCACAAAGUGUACUUCCCAGAUGACACCGACGAGGCAUUUGAGGUGGAUUCCUCGACGAAGGCCAAGGACCUCUGUGAGCAGAUCGCGGGUAGACUGAACAUAAAGAACAGUGAUGGGUUCAGUUUGUUUGUGAAGAUUGUUGACAAAGUGUUCUCUGUGCCAGAGAACUAUUACUUCUUCGACUUCGUUCAUGAACUGGUAGAGUGGAUGAAGCAAUCGCGCCCUACUACUCGGGGAGCGCCAGCCCAAAUCAACAUGAACUACCAAAUCUUCUUCAUGAAGAAACUAUGGAUCAACACCAUCCCAGGCCGAGACAAGAACGCCGACGAAAUAUUCUACUUCCCCCAAGAACUGCCGAAGUACCUACGAGGGUACCACAAGACGUCUAAAACCGACCUUAUAGAGUUAGCUGCACUAAUAUACAGAGCCAGAUACGGCAGUGAUCAGUCCUUGUUAUCACAAAUACCACAAAUGCUUGACGAGUUAAUCCCACCGGACAUGAUUAAAAUACAAUCGAACUCGCAAUGGAAGUCGGCGAUAAGCGCCGCUUAUGCGAAACACGGAAUUAUAUCGGAGCAUGAGGCCAAAGAACAGUUUUUGAAGAAGAUUUACCAACUGCCGACCUUUGGAACUGCCUUCUUCGAAGUGAAGCAGACUUCGGACCCCACAUAUCCGGAGCUAGUCGUCGUAGGGAUCAAUAAGAAUGGAGUCAGCAUUAUACAUCCACAGAGCCGCGAUGUGCUGGUAACUCACUCGUUCUCCCAAAUAUCGAACUGGUCGUCCGGAAACACCUUCUUCCACAUGACGAUGGGAAACGUCAUACGAGGCACCAAGAUACUGUGUGAGACUUCACUCGGAUACAAGAUGGACGACCUUAUAUCUUCAUAUAUUGCGGUCCUGCGACAGUCUAUGAGGCAGCGGACGUAGUUUUAUUAAUUAAAUUAUUUACAUUAAGUAUGCUUAUUAUUCUAUUAAUUAGGUAGGAUUAAAUUGCAAAGUUAUUUUUAAUAAAGUUUUAUUAUAUUAGUUACAA